GCCCGAUUGUGUUGAAGCCAGUGCUGAUUAUUCAGUCUCGGAUCAGAGAUGACUUGGAUAUCCGGCAAUCCUUUCUAAUUAACAGCCUCCAUCAUCAAAAGCCCUUCUUUCGGGCUUUAUUUUCAUUAGUCUUUUCACUUUCUUUUCUUUUCCCAUACCCAUUCAUUCAACAUGGGUCAAACUCUAUCGGAACCGGUGAAGGACAAGCAUACACUGUUUGGCGAAGAUGAUACGCUUGUAUAUGCGAUCUCAGAGAUGCAAGGAUGGCGGAUUAGUAUGGAGGAUGCGCAUGCAACAGUGUUGAACUUGGACGAAAAGAAGGGAGACGAAAAGGCAAGCUUCUUCGGUGUUUAUGACGGACACGGAGGUUCAACUGUUGCAAAAUUCACAGGAGAUACUCUACAUACCAGAUUAGCAGCAACAGAGGAAUACAAAAGUGGAAAGUACGAGGAAGCCUUGAAGAGAGCCUUCUUGGCAACAGAUGAAGAUCUACGAGCCAACCCAUCAUUCGCAAAUGAUCCAUCAGGAUGUACUUCAGUCGUCGCUUUACUCGUAGCAGGUCCAACAGACGACACACAAUCAAAGCAAGAAAAGACCGCCAGACGCAUUCUCGUUGCAAAUGCAGGUGAUUCACGUUCCGUUUUAGGUCUUGCCGGUGAAGCAAAAGCCAUGAGUCAGGAUCACAAACCAGGCAACAAGACCGAAAACGCACGUAUCGUUUCUGCCGGAGGUUUCGUUGAAUUUGGCCGAGUGAACGGUAAUUUGGCAUUGUCCCGUGCAAUUGGUGAUUUCGAAUUCAAGCAAAACUUUUCUUUGGAACCAGAACAGCAAAUCGUUACAGCUGAUCCGGAAAUCAUCAAUCACGACAUUACCGGCGAAGAAGAAUUCUUGGUGCUUGCAUGUGAUGGUAUUUGGGAUUGUUUGAGCAGUCAACAAGUUGUAGAUUUCGUUCGUCGUCAAAUCGCAAAUGGAAAAGAGCUAAAGGCAAUCUGUGAAGAAGCAAUAGAUCGUUGUCUGGCGCCUGAUUCCCAGAUCGGUGGGGUUGGAUGUGAUAAUAUGACAAUUUGUAUCGUUGCUCUAUUGAACGGCAAAACAAAGGAGGAAUGGUAUGCAUGGGUUAAGGAUCGCGUAGAGAAAAAUGUGGGAUGGGAAACACCAGAAGAUAUUGCACCCGUAUUCAGUGGACAGAGUAACAACAGUGGUCUUUCAGUUGGCGGAUUGGGUGGAAUGGGAGGCGGUAGCGUCUUAUCUGCUUUGGCUGGUAAUCUCGGUGCAGGAGCUGAAGAUGAUGAAAGGGAUGGUCAACAAACAACAUUACGAUUACCCGGCGGACUUGCCGGAGCUUUAGGAGGAGCGGGAAUUGUUUUCCGCCCUGGAAGUCAAACUGAUGAAAAUGGAGAUGUUGUUUAUGAGGCCCAUGUUGUAGAUCAAGAUGAAGACAGCGAUGAGGAAAUGCAAACUGCACAAGUGUCUGAAUUGGAAGAAGCAGGUGAAAAGGAGGCAAGCAAAAGACAAGAGAACAAUCAAACGGGCAGGCCAGAUUUAGAACAUCAGCCAGAAAUUGUUGAAUCACCUUUAUCAGCUGCAUCUACAACAAAAGCAGGCGAACACGAAGUUCGAUCAAGCACAGAAGGAAGCAAUGCAACCGAGGAUACCAGCUCUACUUCUGCUUGAUACGAAUACGUUUGAAUGGGAAGUAACUUUCCCAAAUCACCAUGCAUCACCCCAAAAAAAAGGGCUUCAAAGAUCCGCAUAGACGGCCGCAAUCAUUCCUUUCUUCUGUAUGCGCUUGUUUAAUUGUGUCAUUACCUUUUUCUCUCCCAUCGAUUUUCUUUUGUCGACAGCAAUAGUUUCUUCUUUUGACUUUUCUCUAUUGCCAUGAUCGCCCUCUUUUUUCCUCUUCGUUCUUUUUCAUAUUUCAACAACAAGCCUU